AUGGCGAACGGACGUGUCUCUCUUAGCUCCGGUCUAAAAGUUUCUGAAUUGAAAGACAAGCUUGCCGAACUAGGUCUUUCUACCCAAGGAAACAAAGACAUACUCAGGGAACGAUUACACAGCUUCUUAGACGCUGGAAGUAGCAAUGAACAAGAUAUUCAUGUUGAAAAUCCACCAAAUGAAACUACGAUGGUCGCGGACGACACUGAAAUGGACGAUGAAAUCGCUCCUUCUUUGCGAACCGCCUCAGACACCGACGGCUCGCUAGCUAACUCAGAUGACUCUGAAGACUUCGAUAUACGAACCAAGCUAAAUUCUAAUUGCAAAGACAUUGAACUUCUAAAAUCUAACUUUGAACGGCUGAAACGGUCGACUGACCUUCCCGCCAAUUCCAGCCAAGUCGAAGCAUUGGAAAAUGAAAAGGGCUUUAAAAAUCCAGCUCAAGGACGUCGAAGCCGAGCGAGACUCGCUCAAACUGGCGCUAACAUGUGUAGCUAA